UAGAUGACUAUCUGGGCUGUGAGCCCGAGUACAGAGCUCAGGCCCUGCGGGCUGGCCGGUUACCUUCACCAAGAUACGCUCUUCCCGCCUAGACAGCAGGGCUGUAAGGAGGCGGGAUCCGCACGCGGUAAUGACGUCACCUUCCGGCGCCACCUCCUUGGUUUCCCUGGCGACCGGCCUGAGCUCCGCGCCGACUCUAGGGAGAUGCUGGCAAGGCGGCAGCGCGAUCCCCUCCAGUCUCUGCAGCGCCGCAGUCAGGAACUGAAGAAGCAGGUUGAUGGUUUGCUUUCUGAGAGUCGACUGAAAGGAGCUCUAGAAGCCAGCAAAAGACAAGAUAUUUACCAAAGAUGUAUCCAGUUAAAACAGGCAAUAGAUGAAAAUAAAAAUGCUCUUCAAAAAUUAAACAAAGCGGAUGAACCUGCACCUGUUGGGAAUUAUAAUCAGAAGAAAGAGGAUGAACACAAUCUUUUGGAUAAGCUUACCCACCAACUGCAGGAACUUUCUGUGUCCAUAAGUAAAGAAAAUAUAACUGAAACUCGGGCACUUACUGAAAGAGAGGAAGAUGACAGUUCUGCUGAAGAAGAUGAAGAAGAAGAAGAUGAAGACAAAGAAGAAAGUGAAGAAAGUGGUGGGGAGGAAGAAGAAACAGAAGAGGAAAAGGAAAAGAAACAGGAAAAUGAGCCUCACCAAGAGGCACCCAGUGGAAGAUACAUUGCUGUUGGAGAUUUCACUGCUCAGCAAGUCGGAGAUCUUACAUUUAAGAAAGGGGAAAUUCUCCUCAUAAUUGAAAAAAACCCUGAUGGUUGGUGGCUGGCCAAGAACGCCCAAGGAAACAAAGGUCUUACUCCCAGAACCUACUUAGAGCCCUAUAAUGAAGAAGGUGAAGAAUCCAGUGAAGAGGGCAGUGACGAAGACACAGAGGUGGGGAAUGAAACGGCAGAGGGAGCGGAAGUUAAACAGAGAGCUGAUUCUCACUGGAGUGCUGUCCGAAAAGCCAUCUCAGAGCAGAUAAACACUGUGGAUGUGUUGACUACAAUGGGCGCUAUUCCUGCCGGGUUCAGGCCCUCCACACUCUUUCAGCUUCUGGAGGAAGGCAAUCAGUUUCGAGCAAGUUACUUCUUACAGCCAGAGCUCUCUCCUUCACAACUGGCCUUCAAAGAUCUUCUGUGGGAUGCUAAAACAGGCGCUAUUAGGUCAAGGCCAAGUCGUGUCUCAUUGAUUCUGACACUCUGGAGUUGUAAAAUGAUUCCUCUUCCAGGAGCGAGCAUCCAGGUUUUGAGCAGACAUGUGCGCCUUUGUGUGUUUGAUGGCAGCAAGGUUUUGAGCAACAUUCACACAGUCAGGGCCACGUGGCAACCUAAGAAGCCCAAAACAUGGACCUUUUCUCCCCAGGUUGCUGGCAUUCUGCCGUGCUUGCUUGAUGGUGAUUGUUUCAUCAGGUCCAAUUCUUCAUCUCCAGAUCUCGGAAUAUUAUUUGAACUUGGAAUUUCUUAUAUUCGCAAUUCAACUGGUGAAAGAGGAGAAUUAAGUUGUGGCUGGGUGUUUCUUAAGCUUUUUGAUGCCAGUGGAAUUCCUGUUCCAACAAAAACUUACGAACUCUUCUUGAAUGGAGGCACCCCAUACGAAAAAGGUGUUGAAGUGGACCCUUCAGUAUCCAGAAGAGCACAUGGUAGUGUUUUCCAUCAGAUGAUGACAAUGAGAAGGCAGCCUCAACUUCUAGUAAAACUGAGAUCUUUAAACAGAAGAUCAAGGAACAUGCUAAGUCUACUGCCAGAAACAUUAAUCGGAAGUAUGUGCUCCACUCACCUGUUGAUAUUUUAUCGCCAAAUUCUUGGAGAUGUGCUCCUGAAAGACAGGAUGAGCAUGGACAGUGCUGAUUUAAUUAGUAAUCCAGUACUGGCCACUUUCCCCAAGCUGUUAGAGCAGCCGGACAUUAUGGAUGCACUCAGGAGUUCCUGGGCUGAGAAGGAGAGUUCACUGAAGAGAUCAGAGAAGAGCGACAAGGAGCUCCUGAAGGCUGCAUUCCUCCUGGUUUACCACGACUGUGCGCUCCCGCUUCUUCACUCCACGCUUCUGCCCCAGCUCCGGUGGGCAGAGGAGGAGAGUGAGGCUGCCCGCUGGAAGGUCAUCACCGACUUCCUUAAGCAGAACCAAGAAAACAACGGCGCCCUCCAAGCUCUGCUGUCACCAGAGGGAGUCCAUGAACCUUUUGACAUUUCGGAGCAGACCUAUGACUUCUUGGGUGAAAUAAGAAAGAACACAGCCUGACAGUGGUGGCCCUUGACCCUCAGCGCUUGCCCUGAGUCUGACAGACCCUCCACAAAGACCCGAAUAAAUGACAGAACCGCAAGUAACUGUCACAUUAUAA